AUGGCUACAAUUUUCUCUCCUUCUGCACUCCUCCCUUCAUCCUCCUCCACCACUCCAUCACCUCCAAAACCACCAGUUCAACCGCCACCAACCAAACCCCAUCUCAAUCUCCUCCCUACUAAACCGCAAUUAACUAAAUUAACCACCACACUAGCUGCCACUGCCCUGGCAACCACAAUUCUAACCACCUCACCACCUUCCCUAGCAGACUCUCCUUACCACUUAUACUAUGGAACUGCAGCUAGUGCAGCCAACUACGGUGGAUACGGAGGCAAUUCCGACAAGAAGACCUCCGCAGAGUACAUCUACGACGUGCCAGACGGAUGGAAAGAAAGAUUAGUAUCGAAGGUACAGAAAGGAACUAAUGGCACCGAUAGUGAGUUUUACAAUCCAAAGAAGAAGGCAGAAAAGGAAUAUCUAACUUUUCUUGAAGGUUUUAGGCAACUUGCACCAAAAGACACUGUGCUAAACAACUUGGCAUUAUCAGAUGUAAAUUUGCAAGAUCUGAUUGCAAGUGCUGAAAAUGUUAAAUCAGAAGAGAGAAAGGAUGAAAAAGGGCAAGUUUACUAUGUGUAUGAGAUUGAUGGGCUUGGUGCACAUAGCCUGAUAUCAGUUACUUGUACCAAGAAUAAGCUUUAUGCUCAUUUUGUUAAUGCUCCAACACCAGAGUGGAAUAAGGAUCAAGACACUUUGAGGCACAUUCAUGAGUCCUUCAAAACUGUAGGGUGA